AUGAUAACGCGGGUAGUUUGUGGCGUCUCUCGACAAAUGAGAAAUGGUGAGUUUUCUUUUGUUUUUUUUUUUUGUAUAUUUGAGAAAAAGUCAAUAAUCUUUGCAGCUGGAACAUAUUUGAGAAUCGGGUCAGUUCGUGUGCCAAGAAGAGAUGCAAAAAAUCCAGAUCUAGUCCCUGCAUAUUACGGGAUAACCAAACAGCCGCCAGAUGAUAUUCUACCUCAUUUGAAAUGGCUGAUUCAAAAAGAUUUAUUGAAACAGGAUGUUUUCUUGUUAGGUGUUCCUGGAAAAUUGAGAUUAGAGAUUGUUUUGAGAUAUUUGGUGAGUUUUUUUUUUAAUUUGAGAGAAGAAGAAAAACAUUGGAGUUUAGGAGGCUACAAAUCGAGAAUUUGAAUAUUUAUCGAUUACAAGAGACACAACAGAAGCAGAUAUCAAGCAAAGGAGAGAAAUUAAAGAUGGAACCGCAUAUUAUACAGAUCUGGUGAGUCAAAAGCUUGGGAAAAAAGGGUUUUUCAAGAUUUGAUGCUGAACUUUCUUUGAAAAAUUAGAACGCCAAUUUUUUUCUAAAUGUAAAUAUAAAAUAAAGUUUACAACAAAAAAUUUUUCAACAGAACUUUAGAACUUUCGAAAUUUCUACCCAACCCCACCUUCUCUCACUAUCUCUCGUUAAUUUCUAAAUUCCAGUGUGCGGUUCGAGCUGCUUUAUCUGGUCGAGUUCUCGUAAUUGAUGGAGUUGAACGUGCCGAACGAAACGUCCUACCAAUCCUCAAUAACUUGCUUGAAAAUCGGUAAGAUGUCAUCCCAUUUAGCACACAACCACGCACAGAAAAACCCAAUAAAAAACCACCAAAAACAAAGAGCAAUUUGAUUAACAUAUGCCCUUUUUCCACCAUUUUUUGAGAGCAAAAUAAAAAAAAAACUGCUCUUUUCAUUUCAUUCUUCCCCACUUUUUUUCGUCAAUGUCUUCGUCUUCUUCUAGUGAAAUGCAGCUGGAUGAUGGAAGAUUUUUGAUGAAACACGAUAAAUAUGAUGAACUCAAAGAGAAGUAUGAUGAAGCUACGUUGAAGAAAAUGGGGAUUGAGAGAGUUUCGGAGAAUUUUCAUGUGAUUGCGUUGGGUCUUCCGGUUCCACGAUUUCCUGGAAACACUUUGGAUCCACCAUUUAGAAGUCGUUUUCAAUGCAGAAAUAUUGAAGAAUACUCAUUCCAGGUAACAUUUUUUCAAAAAAUUUAGUUUCGAAAGUUAGGCUAACUUCCAAAAAAAAUUGAAGGGAUGUUUUCCGAAAAUUCAAAACUUUUGGAAAAACAUUUUUCUACACUUUUCUAGAAAAAAAUUCUUGCAGUUUUCAUGUUGAGUAGAUUUCUCGUCGCCCUUCUUCCUUAACCUCUUCUGAAUUUCAGACAUUUCUAUCACAAGCUGCUGAAAUUGCACCAAACGUUGCUCAAAACGAUCUGAACGAUUUGAUCUCCCUCAUCUACGCAUUCAACACCGAAACUUCAAGUUCAAGACCAAGAAUUGCUAUUUCAGUUGUCGAACAUUGUUUGAACAUCUGGAAUUCGAAUCCAAGUCUUUCAGCUGGUGAAAUUGUCAACAUGUGCUAUCCAGCUAAAGAAAUUUUGACACAAAGUGAGAAAGAUUUGAUCGAUCAAUUUAAGAAGAAAUUUGAGUUGGUAUGUAAGAUUUUUCAUUUUUUACAGGGGUUCCAAAAUAUCGAUUUUCAGAGUGUUCAUGAGAAGCCAAGAAAAAUAGUCAGUGUUGAAGAUCAGAAGGUCAAAAUAUCUGGAGAUGUAGAAGUUACAAUUCCAAAAUCAUCACAUCAUAGUUCAGUAUCAACUUCUUGGGUAGAAACUGAGAAACAGGAAACAUUAUUGGCUGAUUUGGCUGUAUCAUUUUCAAAAGGUGAUUUUGUGCUGAUUGGACCAAAAGGAUCAGGAAAAUCAAGAAUUUUGAAUGAGUUAUCAAAAAGAUUGAAUUUCGAAUAUUCUUCAAUGGUUUUGCAUCAAGAUAUGAAUACCAGAGAAUUGAUUCAACGUAGACAUAUGAAAGAAAAUGGAGAUACAAUUUGGGAAGAUAGUCAACUUGUAAAAGCAGCAAGAAAUGGUGAUGUUUGUGUAUUAGAUGGUGUAGAAAUGGUGCAUCCAAGUGUUUUAAUGUCGUUGGCACAAUUUAUCUAUCAUCGAAGAUUUGAUCUACCAAAUGGUAAUCGAUUAGUUGGUGCUGAAGAAUUUGAGAGAUUAGCGAAAAGGAAUAAUGUGUCAACAGAAGAACUAAACAAGCGGUAAGCUUGGAUUGGAAUAUGGAACAAUUUCAAUUUUUUUUCCAGUGGUGUUUUCAAAAUUCCUGAUUCAUUCCGUCUUUUGUUUGUUGGCGAGUCCCAAUCAAAAGAGCACAAAUGGAUCAAUGAAAAUAUUCUCUCGAUGUUGCCAUUUCACACAGUUCCAUGGUUAUCACUGAAAGAGCAGGAGAACAUUAUCUUACAGUUAGUUUCAUUUUUGAAAUUACGGUAAAUAGAAAAAAAAAACUAUCAAAAUUCAGAAUGACCGAUAAUGCAAAUCAAGAAAAUGUGAAACGCCUGAUUCAACUUGUCGAAAAUCUUCGAAAAUCACCAGAUACUGGGGUAUGUUUUAUUUUCCCAUACAAUUCAAAUUUUAAAACUUCCAAUUCAAAAUUUACAGAUGAAAAAUAUCGUCACAUCUUUGUCAUUGAGAAGAUUGAUUCAUAUUGCGAAACGUGAUCAAAUGCAACCUGGACACUUGAAAGAACUUGUCGAAAAAGCUGCCCUCUCCAAAUUCCUCCCACAACUCACUAGAGAAACUUUUGAACAUGAAUUGAAUGAGAUUGGGAUUAUCAAUGAUGAAUCUAUCAGAUUGAAAAAUGAUGGAUCAUAUUUAUCUGCGAUUCGAGCACCAACAGAGAAAGCUGAGGAUGAAGCUUUGAUUCCGAAUGUUUUGUUUCAUGAAAAUGCUCAGGUAUGAUUUAAAAUUGAAUAAUUAUAAUGAUAUAGAAGAUAUAAUUCCAGCAUAGAGAAGUUUUGGAAGAUAUGGCACGUGAUAUGAAACUUGGAAGUCACUUAUUAUUGAUUGGAAAUCAAGGAGUUGGAAAGAAUAAAAUCACCGACAGGUUUCUGCAUCUCAUAAAUCGUCCACGGCAAUAUAUGCAACUUCACAGGUUAGAAAGCAUUUUGACACCAGGGGAGAAAUGUUGAAUUUUCUGAACUGAUAAAUUUUUUGGCAUGAAUGGAAAAGCUUCUAAAUCAUUCUUUCAGAAUUGUUACUGAAUUUAAGUAGACGGAAUAAAAUUUACCAUUUUUCUAAAAAAAAUUUCCCAUCUUUCCAGAGAUACAACAGUGCAAACUCUCACAAUUCAAACUGUCGUUGAAAACGGAAUUAUUCGCCAUGAAGAUAGUUCGCUCGUCAAAGCUGCUCGAAAUGGACAAAUUCUAGUGAUCGACGAAGCUGAUAAAGCGCCUCUCCAUGUGAUCGCAAUUCUCAAAUCACUUCUUGACACUGGUGUUUUGGUAUUAGGAGAUGGAAGAACUCUCAAACCAGCUGCAUCAAUUCUACCAGAAGAUGCGAAUAAUUCGUCAAUUGUUCCGAUUCAUCCAAAUUUUCGAAUUCUCAUGUUGGCAAAUCGACCAGGUUUUCCAUUCCUUGGAAAUAAUUUGUUCGCAGUUCUUGGUGAUUUAUUUGCAAUUCAUAUGAUUGAUCAUCCGAAUAGAGAAAGUGAAUUAGAAAUGAUCAAAAAAUAUGGGCCAAGUGAGUGAUAUUUUGGUAUAGUUUGUAAUAUUGAUUUGUUAUAAUGUUUCUAGAUGUUCCAAGUUCGACUCUCAACAAACUUCUCACAAUUUUCAAUGAGCUUCGGACCAAAACUGAUCAAGGACUUUUACAAUAUCCAUAUUCGACAAGAGAACUUGUUAAUAUUGUGAGACAUUGUAAUGUGAGUUUGAAGAAGAGAUUUUUUGUUCACGGAGUUUCAUAAAGCUCUCAUUUUAUUGUUAAACAUAGAAUAUGGUCAUCCAAAUUCGCUCUAUCACACACAUUUUUGUGUGUACUUCUCUCGGAAUUCAAACUCUUUUUUUGAAUUUUGAAAUAAUUGAAAUUUUGUCAAAUCAAAUUUUUAAUUGUGACUUGAAGCAGUCUGAAAAACUUUUUAAAUCCAAAACCAACUCUAUUUUUUCCAGGAAUUCCCAGAUGAUCCAUUGACUGAAGUUGCCAGAAAUGUGUUCGAUUUCGAUUCAUUCAGUGAAGAUACAAUUUCAACGAUUGAAGCCGUUUUUCAGAAGAAUGGAAUUCCAUUAGGCUAGUUCUAAUUUUUUUCUUCAUUUUUUGAAAAAUUUCAAUGAAACUUUUCUCAAUUUUUUGUCUUAUAUCAAUUAAAAAAUUUCAGGAGUUCAUAAAUCAGAGCGACACGUUUUAUUGGCACAAAGAACAUCGAUCGGUGAUCCAGUGAAAAUUGGAAAUUGGUCAUUCAAAAGGAUCGAGCUUCCAAAAAGCUUUAGUUUCAAUAAACCACAGCCAGUGAAAAUCACGGUAUUUUGAUUUUUUAGUGACAAGAAAUCGAUAAAAAGUAAAAUUUCAGAAUGUGAAACAUCUACCACACAGAUCACUGGCAUUGGGAAAAUCAAGUAAACGAAAUGAAAUGUUUUCUGAACAAGUUUGUAAAUGGGAUCUUCCGAUUGGUGAUGAUAAUGUUGUAUCAGAUGGUUUGAGAGUUGGUGAUGAUUUGAUUGUUGCUACUGUCAAUCCACCGAAGUUGUAUUGGACCAAAAAUUUUAUGGAGGCUAAUACUGUAAGUUAAUUUUUUGUAUAGUUAUAUUAAAAUUUUCCCAAAUUUCAGACAGAAGAAAUCGACUUCUCAAAUCUAAUCCCACGGCCAGUUAGUUUUCAUUCAGCUGUAACGCGAUAUAUUCCAAAAUUCCGAUUGGGACAUUUGAAUUCUGAACAAAUUCUCAUACACGAAGAAACAUCGGAUAAAACUGUAAUUAUUGAUUUGGCUGACAAAACUGGUGGAACUGUCAAAAGUAAUCAAACUAUUGGAGAUCAAAUUAGUGCGAGUGAGUUUACUGACACAAAAAAAAUCUGACGAAUAAAAAAAUCGUGUUUUGCAGUUUUCUCUGCAUACCGAACUCCUUCAAGAUUGGCUCCAUCAAAUGAAGGCUCAGCACUUUUGUAUGAACGAGAUAGAAAUGAUCUGGAAAUAUUUUCCAUUGUCAAUAAUGUGCCAAGUGUUCAAAAUGGAUCAGUUCCCUUUAAUAUCAAACGAGCAAUGCCAAUCGAUAAAAAUCAUUGGAUGCUGGUAUCUACGGUAGGUUUUGGGAUGUUUAUUAUAAUAGUUUCAAGAAAUCCUCUCUUUCAGGAAAAUGAAAGUUAUUCUUUGUCAAUUGGCGAGGAUAUGUUCGAGUUAGCUAAACUUGAAAGUGAUUUGGAUGGUGGGAUCGAUGCGAUUGCAACAAAAAUGAAUGAAAAUGAGAUGUUCAUGGUAUCGGAUCCAUAUUAUUUUCUCAAAGGAAAAGUUCAACUCGAUGGCUCAAAUAUAAUUGAAGGAAGUCAUCGAAAACCCAUCGAAGAUCGAUUGAUUCCCAAAAGAACAUUUUAUUUCUCAGACGAAAAUGUUGAAAGAAAUAUUGAUACUUCUAGAGAAGUUUUAUUCCUUGGCAAUAAUGUGAUUCGAUCAAGAUCGAAAUUUGAUGUUCCAAAAGAUGCAUUACCUAAAGAAGUAUAUAUCAAACAUGUUGCUGGAUUUUUGGAAACUGUGGACACUGAAACCAAACAACUUUCCUAUGUUCUAGUUCCAAGUGUGCCAAUUCAAAAUUUCAUCCCAGAUUUUUUCCCAUAUUUUACUCAAACUGGAUUUGUUUUGGUUCCGUGGAGUGAUGAUGAAAUUUUGACUAUCAAUUGGAAUGGAGGUAUGCAAUGAAUUUCAUGAUUCGAGUUUUUAAAAUUGAAUUCAGGAGUGACGUCUUAUGAAUUGGGAAUGUCUUCGAUUGCAAAAUCGUUUGGAGAAUGGAAAAGAAUGACAGAUGGUGAGGAUGAAAAGAAACUUCGGAUGGAUAUUGAGAAAAAUGAUAGUCAGUUUGACAAAUCAAAAUUGGAUCGACCAAAGAAGGGAAAGUGAGUAGAAUAAUUUCACUUUUGGUUUUUUAUUCCAAUUUUUGUAGAGUUGAUAAAAACAAUACCCCUCACCACGGUGGAAAUACCUGGAUGGGUGGAACUGGUGGAUAUAAUACAGCUGGACUUGGCGGAGUUGGUGGCCCUUUCCGAUUAGAUGCUGGACACGAUGUUCAUCAACAAUCAGAUUAUGCUAAAAAACAAGUUCCCGGACACAUUUUGAAAAAAGCCAGAGAAAUUGCGAAACAAGAAUAUGAUAAGAAGUUGCGACAAAUCAAUAUGUCUGAAUAUGACGCUGAACAAUAUGAUAAAAUUUGGAAUAAUGUUCAGAGAAAUAGUAAGAAAUUAUCAGCUGUUAUUGAUCAAUUGGAAGCGAAAAAGAAGGAAAGAGAAUGGGCAAAACAUCAAACAAGCGGAGAUUUGGAUGAUGGGAAAUUGAUUGAAGGUGUGACUGGAGAACAGAAUAUUUAUCGGCGACGAAUUGAUAAAGAGCCAGAUCCGGGUGCGCCGCAAACAAAACCCAAGCGGUUGAAAUUGUGUUUUGAUGUUAGUGGAUCAAUGUAUCGAUUUAAUGGAUAUGAUAAACGACUUCAAAGAUCUUUAGAAACUGCUCUAAUGAUGAUGGUAUCAUUAGAAGGAAAAACUGAUAAAAUCGAGGUGAGAAGAUUGUUGAAAUGUUUAGCUUGUGCAUCUUUGUGAUAAUUUUUCAGUACGAUAUUAUUGGACAUUCUGGAGAUUCACCUGCUGUGAAAUUUGUCGAUAAGGAGAGCUAUCCAAAAAAUAAUCGUGAACGUUUGAACAUUUUGAAAAAAAUGUUGGCUCAUACACAGGUAAAUUUUUGAAUGGAGUUCGGAGGAUUCUAGGGUUUACUGUUAGAAAAAUUGACCAUUACUUAAUAGUAAAAAUUGAUUUUUUCGUGAUUUGCUGAUAGAAAAAUAUUCCACGAAUAUCUUUAAAUUUGGAAAAUCAAUAGUUGUUCCUGGGAUAAAAGUUUUAUCAGAAACAUGUGAAAAAAUUGGAUUUAAAAUUACAAAAGAAAAAAAUUCGACUUAUCCUAAGUCAAAAAUCGAUAUUAGAGGGACUUUGUUGCACACUGAAUUUGGAUUUGUCGGAUUCCUCGUCCCUUUUAACGUACCCUCCAAUCAUAAAAUCAAAAAAUUGUUUUUUGGAAAAUUUGAAUUCACGCCCGAAUCAAAAUUUUGAUUUGGGCGGGAAAGAAUUUUUGAAAAAAUUUUUGUAAUGAUGAAAAAAUAUUCAGAAACUCAAAUUAGUAAAAAAUAACAAAGCAAACAAAGUCCCUCUAAUAACGAUUUUUGACUUUGAAAAUUUUGUUCAAUUUUCAGAAGUUAGGGUAAGUUGAAUUUUUUUCUUUUGUAAUUCUAAAUCCAAGCCCUUCAAAUUCUGAGAAAAAUGAAGUUUAUACUUCGAAAAAUUAUUCACGGAGAGUAAAGUAAUGAUUUUUUUUAUAAAUAAUGUCUCUUAAGAUUUUUCAAUAUUUCUAUUGAAACCAAUUUUUACCACGCUGACAAAAAUUUUUUUAAUAUUUCAAAAAUCCCUCUAUUUCCAGUAUUGUAUGAGCGGCGACAACACCGUUGAAUGUGUACGAUAUGCCGUAAAAGAGCUGUCAAAAAAAGAUGACUAUGAUGAGACGGUAGUCAUUUUGGUGUCUGACGCAAAUUUACAAAGGUAACCGCACUCUUUCAAAACUCUAAUUGCUCUUCAUCUCUUAGAUAUGGCAUUCAACCAAAAGAACUGAAAGAAGAAAUGAUCAAAGAGCCGACUGUCAAUUGUUUUGUUGUAUUUAUUGGAUCACUUGGUGAACAGGCAGAAAGGUAUGUACAUAUUGUUUGUGUUAAUGAAGUGCGCCAAAAACAUAUGUUUGGUUUUUUUGCAGGUUGUUAGAAGAAUUACCGUCAGGAAAAUCGUUUGUGUUGAAAGAUUCGGCAGAAUUACCGAAAAUUAUGGAAACUAUUUUUGCAUCUACUAUUGCUCAAUGA